AUGGGGCUUAGUCAAUCCAUCAACAACGAUCUGGCCGCUGCUAAGCUGUCUCCAUCUCAAUCUGAAGGAGGCAGCCAGAGGGGGACCUCCGUCGAGCUCCCUGAGAAUAAAGAGCCUCAACGCGAAUGGCCUCAAGAAAUACUUGACAUGAUAUGGAACGAAGCGAUAGCUCCGUGGUCCAAGAAGCGUGUGAUUGUUCUCGAUCAUGUGGGCGGGAAGACAUUCGUAUGUGGAAAUACACGAGAUCUUGAGGCGGGAAGGCUUGUUGGAAACAUCAGGCGACUCAACAGAAAAGCACAAGAUGAGGUCAGCUCUUCCCUGCGCAAAGCUGGACGAGAAAUGUUUCCCAAGGUGCGCGAUCCUUCUAGUGCCCGCCGUCAUGAAUCCUUCAAAGGACUAUUCGCCGACUUCGAACACGACAUUUUCUUCCUUUCGCUGGGUUUCCUUUAUGGACGCUGCAAUGCUCUCAACAACCUGAAUUUGUAUGCUCCGGAUGCCCCAAUCGACGAGUCGUCUCAAGACCCACCCCAGCCUGCACACAUGAUGCUCCCUCUGAUACUCAUGAUGGCUGUUAUCGAACGAGUCUUCGAAGGAGAUAUGCCAUGCGUUGGUUAUUACGUACCCCCUCAUCACCCACCCAGACCAGUCCGUGACUUUGGGCGCCUCCUCGAGGUCUACCCCCGGAGCGGGCCCCCGCGAAUGCUCACUGUUUUAAUCCCCCGAAGCGUCAAUGAAAGGGGUUUAAUGGUCGACUACGACGAUCUGAAGCGUAGGCCGUUCGGUACAUCGAUGGAAGCGAAAGCAUCAGUGUACGAAAUGGCAAAGUCUCAGGAGGACAAGAAGCGGCUUAGGAUGGUUUAUAACGGAUGGAACUUAAUAUGCCAAUCAGCAGACAUACAAGGUGUGCAGCUCCCGGCGCUCGAGUUCGCUUGUAGCCGAUCCUAG